UCAAAAUUUGAAUAAUUUUGUAAAAGGGGCGUGGUUGUACUACCGUAUAUUGUUGGGACUGUAUAUAGAUGAGAGGGAGGGGCGGAGAAACCCUGUACUAGGAGUCGGACCUAGAGAGAGAACCUGGAGAGAACCAGGGGAGACUAGACGAAAACGUAACCCGGAGAUUCCAACGCUCAGUCUGGCGCAGUAAACACAAGAAUGAGGUCGACAUAUCUACUGCUCUUUUCAGGAGCAGUAGUUGCUGCUUACGUUGAUGAAAGCUCUAAAGCUGUAAUCAUAGAAGAUACGAACCCCUUGGAAUCUGCACGAGCUGCCCGUCAGCUGAUAGAAACUGAUAAUUUAUUAAAUGAUCUUGGACUCUCCCCCCUCCUCACCCCACCCCUUCAACAACCUUGCCUUAAUAAGGAGGGGAAUGUUGGCCGGUGUAAAUCCUUGAACGAGUGCUAUCCUUACUUCAAGAUCUUUAAUCUCAGCUGGAGGGAUACCUGGGUCAUGGGUCACUAUGAUACAUGCAGCUAUCGGUCACCCGAGGGCAGCCAGGUUUUCGGUGUUUGCUGCGACUCCACGCCGCGUUCAGUUACAGAAGAAAAUGAAGACGACAAUGAUGAAACUAAAUUUAUUGAUGAGAAUAACGAUGCCAUCGUCGGAGAAUUCCCAAUUGAGUUUGCACUCGCAGGAAACUGUGGCUUUAGGACUCCUCAACCCUCUGUAACUCUGUAUGAUAAGACUGGAGCACAGUUCUAUAUUGUAAAUGGAGCUGAAGCUGUUCCUCAUGAGUAUCCAUUUAUGGCGGCUCUCAUGAACAGAAACAGACAGUUUUGUGGUGGAUCUCUUAUUGACGCUAAUCAUAUUCUUACGGCGGCUCAUUGUGUGGCUCAUUUGAGUAAGAACGAUGUGCAGCAUCUGCGCGUGCGCCUGGGAGAUCAUAACAUCAAAUCCAACUCCGCGGCAGGUCGCGUGGAGAAGAGAGUCAAGCGCGUUAUCCGCCAUAUUGGAUUUUCAUCAAGCACAUUGCACAAUGAUGUUGCAAUUUUGACCCUGGAAGAAGAUGUAGAAUACACACCAACUAUUCAACCAAUUUGCCUAGCAGCAGGAACAAACAGUUUUGUAAACCAAAGGGUCUCCGUUGCUGGAUGGGGUACUCUUUCUGAAGGUGGAACUCAACCUGCCAGUUUGAACAAGGUAGAGGUUGAGGUUUGGUCUAAUGAAAGAUGUAAGAACAGUUAUGGCUCCUCUGCUCCAGGUGGUAUAACCAAAGAGAUGUUAUGUGCCAGCCUGCCGGAGCAGGACUCAUGCAGUGGAGACAGUGGUGGUCCCCUGUUCAGCUGUCCCUAUGGUGGACAAUGUACCCAGAUAGGAAUAGUAUCCUGGGGAAUAGGUUGCGCCAAGGCUCAGUAUCCUGGAGUAUAUACCAGGGUUACAGAGAUGAGAGAUUGGAUAUCUAGGAUAGUCACGGACUACUAGUACAAACUGUACAAGCAGUAUAAAUUGUACAAGCAGCACAAUUUGUACAAGCAGUACAAACUGUACAAGCAGUACAAACUGUACAAGCAGUACAAACUGUACAAGCAGCAUAAAUUUUACAAGCAGCACAAUUUGUACAAGCAGUACAAACUGUACAAGCAGUACAAACUGUAAAGGCAGUGCAAGCUGUACAAGCAGUUCAAACUGUACAAGCAGUACAAACUGUACAAGCAGUACAAACUGUACAAGCAGUACAAACUGUACAAGCAGUACAAACUGUACAUGCAGUGGAAGCUGUAAACUGUACAAGAAGUCCAAGCUGUACAGUGUAUAAGCAGUGCAAGCUGUACAGUGUACAGUGUUCAAGCAGUGCACGUUUUUUAAAUAGAAUCUUUGUACAAUUCUCUGAUCACCAGAAUUAACCCAUUUUAUCAAGAUUGAAAAUAAUCAAGUAAUGCAUUUGUUUUCAUCUUGAGUCUGGGUGUAAUUAUAAAAUAUCUUUGUUGUUUUUUAGUUUAAUCUUUAGUUACAUUUUCCCCACACAAACUUAUUUUUGUUUUUGGUAUUAUUUAAGAAAAUAGUUUAUUUAUGUAUGUGCCAAUUUUUUAAGUUGUUUAUUGUGCUAGACUGAUGAAUGUAUUAAUGCUUUUGAGUAACUUUUUCAUAAAGUUUUUAUGCCAUAGUUCAAUAAAAUACCUUUUACAGCA